CAUUAAUUCCCCUCCAUUUUUCUUCACACCCUAGUACAGUAUAUGGAAACAUGAACUAAUCAUAUAUGGAAUGUGUAUGCCGCCUCUUAAAUUUCUUGUCUCUCUCUCUCUCUCUCUCUCCUUUGAGUUUCUGCGUGGACUCUUAGCUUGGCUGUAUAUGCUUCUUCUUUCCCCACAGUCCAUAAGCUAGUCGAUCUCUGCUUUCUCUUUGUUCACAUCUUGGGACGUACGGCACAAGUGUUUCUCCAACACAUAUAGAUCAGGAAGAGCAUUUAGAGAGAUCUUCAUAUUUGGGCAUAGGCAAGGUAGGAGUGGGAGGGUAAAUUCAUGGCGACGGAGCCGCCGCCGCUGCCUCCUGGCUUUGGAGACAUGUCCUUCCGGGCGGUGCCGCCGCCGCUCCAUGAUCUCCAUUGCCUUCCCCAAGAGGUUUGCAUAGCGUUGAGGAGGUGAAGCAGAUGCUAGCUGCAGCGACGUCAGAGCUGGAGGCGGCAAGGCAGGAGGUGCGCCGGAAGGAGCAGAACAUCGCCGCCCUGGUGGAGCUCCUCCGCCGCACUGCCGAGGAGCGUGACCAACUCCAGCGACAGCAGCAGCACCUACUGCUGGCACAUGACCCGGCGGCGGUGGCGACACCGAGCAGCAGCGACUCCCACUGGAGCCUCACGCCAUCCUCUUCCUCCCCGGUGGCCGUGGAUAGCUCCGUCUUGUUCCAGCCAACCUCAGCCAGCAAUGCAGAUGUCAUCGUCGACAACACGCCGGUGCUGCUUGAGCCGCUGGCGACCAAGAGACCGCUGCCACAACAAGGGCAGCUGCUGAAGGCUGUGAUGGAGGCAGGGCCUCUGCUGCAGAAUCUGAUGGUCGCAGGGCCGCUGCCACGGUGGCGCAACCCGCCCCCAGCACGGGCUCUUCCCAGCCCUGUCAUACCGGCGGUAGCAGGCUCUCGUGCUCCGAUGGGUUGAAACUGGUUUCUUUUCAGAAUAAGCUGGCCAUAAAAAAUGUCCUCUUGCCCACAAAAGCAAAUAUCUUGUGAUUCUCGUUUGAGACUGAAUUUUUGUUACUUGAUGGAACAUAUCAAAAUGAUACAAUACAACUUCGAGCUACAUUUGAU